GAAACACAGAAAUGGCUAAUAAUAUCAAUUUUCGUAUCAAUGGUGGUGGAAUUUUUGAACUUGGUAAUGUUAAUCCAACAAUAACUAUCGGAGCACUCAAAACUAUGAUUAGAAAUGGGAACCAUGUUACUUCUACUAUUUCGAACCUUAUAAAAAUGAUUUUGCAAGAGAGUUGA